ACUAGGUUUGAAAAGUUGGCGGGGAGUAACAUGGCAGUGCGGCGGCAGCUGCAGCUUUUGUUCCAGGAGCCCCGUCUGGAAGGCGUGAUCAAGGUGGAUCGGGCGGAACCCGGGACGAAGAGCUGCCGCCAUGGUCAGCAAAGCCCAAAGCUUCCGGAGAAACCCGGGGAGCGGGUUCCGGGUUCCCGGAGUCUCAGGCUAGAGGACUGCGUGCUCUACCAGUGCCGCAGUUGUCGUUCGGUGCUGGGCGACUCGCUUCAUCUCUGCGCCCAGGAGGAGAAGCUCCGCCUUCUCGUUUGCUUCAAAGUUACAAAUGAUGUUGUAGUGGAAGAUAAAUUGAUGGUCUGCAUUGAGGGAGACCUAAAUGGAUGCACCUACAACAUGCUGUACUGUCGAGAAUGUAAAGCGGGAAUAGGUUUCAGACUCUAUUGUUCAAAACCUCUGGCUUACCUGCGAGGCUUCUUUUGCCUUUUGAAGGACAACAUCAUAUGUUACUUGUUAAAAACUAAAACCACAAUUGAAGCAUCAAAGAUGACCUGUCCUCCUUUGAGCCUAAAGGAACAAGUAGAGAAAUUAAAGGAGAGCCUUGUUUUAGCGCACAUGCGGAUAGAAUGGUUGGUUGAGAAACUCGAAGAAAGAAACCAGCAGAAUUUGGUGUCUGAAAAGCAGGUCUACAAAGCAAGACUACAUGGCCAAGCAUCUGGGGGAACAAGGAAGAAGUUGAACUACUAACUGGUAGAAUUUCUGCAGUCACAUAUCUGCAUUUGGCUGUGAUGAACAUGAGGUUGUACUGUACAGUAUUUGAAAAUGGUAGUGUGAUUUGGACUGUCAAAUGGAUUACACAAAGCUGUUUCCUUCAUAGAAAACUCAAGUCCAUUUGCUGCAUAUGAACUGCUAUAUUUUAAUAUGUGCACACAUAGUUCUGCCUGAAUUUUUUUUGGAAUUGUUGCAUCUGUUGUUAAUACUACCCUAAACUAUUCAGUGAAUGCAUGUGCAGCCUCUCUUUAGAGGAAAUGUACAGCUUGUACAGUUUUGUUGGUGGCUUCAGUUCAGUAUUUUAUUUUAAAUUUGGCUUGAGACAGUUCAGUCCACCCAGUAACCUGUUGUGUAAACUAAGUGUCAAUUUAAAAGCUAUUAAAAUCUCAUCAAACUUAAACUCUAACUGUAACACCAGUUGAAUUCUAUGCUAACAACAGGGUUUAAUGCUGCCUAAACUACCAAAGGUGGAGCAUAGGUUAGGAAAGGAAACUUUACAGAUGUGAGGCAGCCUACAUAAAGGAUUUUCUGUAUCUCUCUUAUUAACUUUAUGAAUUGCUUCCUAUGAAACAUCUCAAAGCAAUUUAACAAUAAAAACAAUUUCAAG